UUUCUAUCUUGCUUUUUUUUCUGUCUUUGUUUCUGUCUGGCUUUCAAGGUCUAGAUGAUGUUUUUCCCAGCACCACUGGGAUUAUCCAUUACCCAGCAGCUCUCGGUAUAAGAAUCCUGCAGAUCAGUUUAUUGUAACAUUCUGUUUAGACAUAACAUGGUGUAUAAAUAAUGUCUGUGUUCAGAUAAAUAGGGUCAAGUAAAGCAGCCACUGACAACUUAAUUGUCCUCUUGUCUGAAAAUUACUUUAGGAUUGACUGAGAAAUGGGAAGGAAGUAGUAGUUUGUAAAUACUAUUUUAUGUCUGACAUCCCUUGGAGUGUUGUAAUUUGCUUCCUCAGGAGCUGCCUUUGCUGGGUUUGUSUUUGGUGUGCACACAGCAGAGGCUGACAGCAAUUAAAUUGUCUAAAAUACCAGCAAGAGUCUCUGCAUGGCUACAGAGCUUCACAUUGCUUUGUGCUCACUUGCAGUCUGACUGUUCAGGUUUGUGCUGCUUCAGAYGCUUUAUUCAGCGUCCUACAAGAAAUGAAGUUAUCUGGCAUCCUGGUGUGCAGACAGAAAACCUUUAGAACUGAGAUAAGGAAGUACCACUGUAGUGAAAACAUGAACUGACAGCCUUUGUUUAUUAUUUUCUUCCAAGGAAAGYUGUUCUUUAGCCUUUCAGAAAUAAAUUACCAGCUUUUGACCCUUUCUAGAGAAUGAGGAUUUUGCUGUAACAGCAAUAAAAUUAUUUUCCUCAGGUUUAUUUCCCUGUGCAAGGUUGUAGCCUGGGGAAUAUUGAAUUCAUUUCCCUGAUUCUUUGGUUUUUCUCAGUCUCUCAGUCUUUGCUGAUUGAUUUCUACAUAAUAUUGUGUAUGUGCUUAUCAGUAGAGGGUGAGGAAGAGGAUGACAAUGAAAUGGAAGUGGAAGACCAAGACGGUAAAGAAGCUGAGAAGCCAAACAUCAUUAAUUUUGAUACCAGUUUGCCCACAUCACAUAUGUACCUAGGCUCGGAUAUGGAGGAGUUCCACGGGAGGACGGUGCACGAUGAUGACAGCUGCCAGGUGAUGCCCGUGCUGCCGCGGGUGAUGGUGAUGCUGAUCCCCGGGCAGACGCUGCCGCUGCAGCUCUUCCGCCCCCAAGAGGUUAGCAUGGUGCGGAAUUUAAUUCAGAAAGACAGAACCUUUGCUGUCCUUGCAUACAGUGAUACACAGGAGAGGGAAGCACAGUUUGGAACGACAGCAGAAAUCUAUGCCUACAGAGAAGAGCAGGAAUAUGGAGUUGAAACAGUCAAGGUGAAAGCAAUAGGAAGACAGAGGUUUAAAGUGCUUGAAAUAAGAACACAGUCAGAUGGAAUCCAGCAGGCUAAGGUCCAGAUCCUCCCUGAGCGAGUGCUGCCUCCCACCAUGUCAGCAGUGCAGCUGCAAUCUCUCAGCAGRUGCCAUGUAAUUCCCUCUUCCAAGCCCACUUCCUGGCAGGACACAGCCAUCCGGCAGUGGUGGCAGAAGUACCAAAAGAGGAAGUUCCACUGUGCAAGUUUGACRUCUUGGCCCCCCUGGCUCUACUCUCUCUAUGAUGCUGAAACCUUGAUGGAAAGAGUCAAGAGGCAGCUCCACGAGUGGGAUGAAAACCUUCAAGAUGAAUAUCUUCCAUCAAACCCAGUAGAUUUUUCUUACAGAGUUGCUGCCUGCCUGCCCAUUGAUGAUGCUUUACGUAUCCAGUUGCUCCAAAUAGGCAGUGCUGUGCAGAGGCUCCGUUGUGAGUUAGAUAUCAUGAACAGAUGCACAUCUCUCUGUUGUAAGCAAUGCCAAGACACAGAAAUAACUACCAAGAAUGAAAUAUUCAGUUUAUCCCUGUGYGGGCCCAUGGCAGCCUAUGUGAAUCCCCAUGGAUACAUCCAUGAAACCCUCACUGUAUAUAAAGCCUACAAUCUGAAUCUCCGUGGCCGGCCCUCAACGGACCACAGCUGGUUCCCUGGGUAUGCCUGGACCAUAGCCGAGUGCCGGAUCUGUGGCAGCCACAUGGGCUGGAAGUUCACAGCCACCAAGAAGGAGCUGUCCCCUCCCAAGUUCUGGGGAUUGACGCGCUCGGCGCUGCAGCCGCGCAUUCCCGAGGGGGACGACGAGGAGGACUCGGUGCACGAGCGGUCGCCGCUGCUCUGCCUGUGACCUUCCCCCUCCUGCAUCUGCUCAGUUCUGCUUCGAUGCUUCCUCAACCCCAGGAGCYCCAGGCACGCUCCCAUCCCGAGGGAACCACAGGAACCGGGGCUGGGAGUGCUGAGAAUCCGCGUUGUUGUUCCUGCAGAGCUCCGGGGCUGAGCGCCGAGUCCUUCCAGGAGAGCUGAGGAGAAGGUGAUGGAACACCAGGAAAUCUCUGAUCCUCCUGGUCAGACUUGAGACUGGACUUUUUCCUUGUGUAAUUCCCACUUGAAGGAAGGAAGGAGGAUGGAAACUAAAAUCCAGCUAAAAUCCCAGUGAGCAGAAUCUGAUUUCUGCAGUUCCCUGCUGUGGAGUGUUCAUAACACACUUACAAGUGGUUUGCUGAGAAUCCCUGUUUCUAACUCGGUGAAGUCCUUCAGGUUUGUUGCUUGUGCUCUUUCUCAGCUCUUGGCUGAACAACCAUGGAGGAGAGAAGCAGCCUGAGAGUUUGUGAGUGCUGGAAGGGGCCAAAGCUGCAACUGCUGCUGCCUCCCAGGAUGGAACCCAUGGGAAGUGUCUGUUCCUUACAAGUUGUCUCAUCUGUUUAGUCCAUUUGACUUUAGAAGUCUUAAAUGUUAAACUGUUUUUAAGAAAUGCACAGGGCAGUCCCAGAGGGUAAAAGAGCAUGGUCAUGUUCUGUUCAGUGUGCUUCAUUACUUCCCAAAAUUAUUCCUGGUUUAUUCACCUGUGCAGGUGUCCAGGGCUUUGGGAAGGACACUAAAACACCCCAYUGAGGUGAGUUUGAAGUAGUACWUGUUGUGACAAGGGGAAGGCAACWUCUCUUUAAUUAUUUUUURUUUUAACUUUCAGAACAUAGAGUAAAAUUUCACACCAUCACCUUAUGAAGAGGGAAUGUUUCUAAAUAAAAGAGAAAUAAAGGUAGUGCUUUGGUGGGGAGAUUGUUUUUCAGUAGAUCUUUGAUUUGAUUUUUAUUUUGUUUAAAGGGCUGUCUGUGCUCCAGAAAUCGGGUGCCAAACUGGGGCAGCCCUUGCCACUGAUUUAUUGUAUUUUUUUGUCUUAGAAUGCACUUUGGUGAUGGAAAUGGAGAUUUUUUUCAGUGUUUGUGCACAUAAACACUUGUUUUAGCUGUGAAGCUUUUAUCAUUCACUCUUUAUUUCUUCACAAUGAUGUAAAACUUAAGUUUAAUCCAUGAGAUAGUGGUUGCUUGUUCUGUGUCAGGCUCCAGGCAGGUGUAGCAAGGACUUAAGCUGAGGGCCAAGCCUGGCACAGCAGGAGCUGAUUCCCAUGGCACUGUGRUGCCUGCAGCUGGAAAAACACCCAAAACCAUGGAAUUGCUGCAGGAUGCUGCUGGGUAUUUGUCAUGCCAGGUAUGUAGARAUUAAUGAUUGUGUAACUCAGGUUUAGUUCUUCGAAGCUUUCUACCUCUGUGCUGCUUUUGUUCUCCUUUGGCAUCUUUAAUUCCGUGCUCAGUUCCAGGGGCAGUGCCCUGAUGUGGCAGUCAACUGGGAAAAACACUAUUUGGGAUUUAGCCCUGAGCAAUAGAGGGUGAAUGAUGGCUCAUUUUCUUCAAGAAAACAUUCUGCAUUUUGAUGAUGAUUUAAGCUUUGAAAGCCAAGGCCUGGUGUGAGAGGGAGAUUGGGAAUCCUCUGUGUUUGGAAAUCCACUGGAAGCAGGCCUGGCUUUCCCUU